AAAGAAAGAUAAUAAAUUCUUAAUCAUUACCAAACCCUAUUCAUUGUUGCUCUGUCUAUCUCACUCUCUGUUUCUACAUUUUGUCAAUUCUCCCAUGGCAUUCUCACGAUCACCCAAGAGAUUCUUCAACCUCUUCUCUUCUAAUCUUCCACUCUCUAAACCUUACCCUGCUUCGUUGACACCCCUUUCAACUUCACCAACCAUCAAACUCCCCCAAAACCUAUCUGGGUCUCUCAGAAUCCACACUCUCACUCCUCACACACCACAUGCCGAUAGAAUCUGCAAAAUCCUAUCCAAAUCUCCAAAUUCCACCAUCGACGCCGCUCUUGCCGACCUUCCGGUGGAGGUCUCGCCGGAGUUGGUGGCUGAGGUAUUGAACAAGCUGAGCAAUGCGGGUGUUCUCGCGCUCUCGUUUUUCCAUUGGGCUGAGAAGCAGAAAGGGUUCAAGCACAGCACGGAGAGCUUCCAUGCUCUGAUUGAGGCACUGGGUAAGAUCAGACAGUUCAAGGUGAUUUGGAAUUUGGUGGAAGACAUGAAGCAACGGAAAUUGUUGACUAGGGACACUUUUGCCUUCAUUGCUCGGAGGUACGCAAGAGCUAGGAAGGUCAAGGAAGCAGUGGAGACGUUUGAGAAGAUGGAGAAGUAUGGAUUGAAGCCAGAAGUGUCGGAUUUCAACAAGCUAGUUGAUGUUUUGUGCAAGUCUAAGAGCGUUGAGAAAGCACAGGAACUGUUUGAUAAAAUGCGGCACAGAGGUUUAGUCCCUGAUCUCAAGUCCUAUACCAUUUUGUUAGAAGGGUGGAGUCAGCAGCAAAACUUGUUGAGGGUCAAUGAGGUUUGUAGGGAGAUGAAGUGUGAGUGUUUUGAGCCUGAUGUUGUCACCUAUGGUAUACUCAUCAAUGCAUAUUGUAAGGCCAAAAAAUAUGAUGAGGCCAUUGGGUUCUAUCAUGAGAUGCUAGAAAAGAAUAUGAUGCCAUCUCCUCACGUAUAUAGCACUUUGAUUAAUGGUUUGGGUUCUGAUAAGAGGUUGGAUGAAGCUCUUGAAUUCUAUGAAAAAUUCAAGGCUAAUGGUUUUGCCCCAGAAGCACCUACCUAUAAUGCUGUUGUUGGAGCUUAUUGUUGGUCAAUGCGGAUGGAUGAUGCUUAUAGGGUCGUUGAUGAGAUGAAACAAUGUGGGGUUGGUCCAAAUUCUAGAACAUAUGACAUAAUACUUCAUCACCUGAUAAAGGCUCGAAGAACCCAAGAAGCUUACUCGGUUUUCCAGAGAAUGAGUAGUGAGAUGGGGUGUGAGCCUACUGUGAGCACUUAUGACAUCAUUUUGAGGAUGUUUUGUGAUGAGGAGAGAUUGGACAUGGCAAUGGCGGUUUGGGAUCAGAUGAGAGCCAGGGGAAUCCUUCCUGGAAUGCAUGUGUUUUUUGUGUUAAUCAGUGCCUUGUGCCAUGCAAAUAAGUUGGAUGCAGCCUGUAAGUACUUUCAACAAAUGUUGGAUGUUGGUAUUCGGCCUCCUGCAAACUUGUUUAGUACCUUGAAGCAAGCUCUAAUUGAUGCGGGGAUGGAGACUACGGCUAUACAUUUUGCUUUGAAAAUUGAUAAACUGAGGAAAACUCCACUAGUUGCUUGACCACAAAGACAUUCAAGCAUAUUAGGUGGUUAACAGAGUUAUUAUCUACUGUAUUUAGCAAUUUAUCCAUUGACUCUUUAUUAGGUGACCUAUUUUAUUUAUAUGUCAAUUUACCUUUAUUUAGUACAUGUUUGAAAGUUCUUCUACAAUU